GGGCGUGAAGCCCUUCGGGAAGAGAGCACCUGACGUACCAGCACGGAAGAGCCAUUCCAGUGAGCUAACAGCUUGGACAUGAAUGUGUUUUACCCCUCGAAGCGUCCGCGUUUAUCAGAGACGCCAGUGUCAUACCGCUUUGUUCGUUUCAGCAGCGUUCUCCACUGGUCGUGAGGCAGCAUGCCGAAAUACUGCACGGCACCAAACUGCAACAACAGCGCGGGGCAGUCGAGUCCGGACAAGCGGAUCAGCUUCUACAAGUUUCCCCUACAUGACCCAGACAGGCUUAAGCAAUGGCUGGUCAACAUGAAGAGAGAGAAUUGGAGCCCAUCUAAGCACCAGCACUUGUGCAAUGAACACUUCACAUCUUCUUGCUUUGAUGUUCGAUGGGGGAUACGUUAUCUGACAAACACCGCAGUGCCUACGAUAUUCAACAGUUCAGACAGCCAGACGAAACGAAAGUCAAGCACCACACACAAGUCUUCAUUCAAUCCAGAAAAGAAAACUAGAACAAGUAAAACUGUGCCACUACUCUCAACAGUUAAUGAAAUAUGCCAGACUGGAAAUGCUGCUUCACUUCAGCUGUAUGCCUUAACUGUUGACCCUAAUGUGCCAUGCAGCCCUGCAUUAGAGGAUGCGCUCCCUCUUGGGUGCAGUGUAACUUCAGGUGCCAUUCAGACAUUAGUGCCAGCAUUAUCCAUAUCAGGCAGUCAUGAAGUGGAGGGUGAAGUGAGCAUUUUCCCUAUUGCGCUUUUUCAGAGAAUGCCUAUUCUAAAUGGUGAAGCUGACACUGGAGCAAACCCUUCAGAAUCUGUACCUGGACUUGCUGACGAUAAAGUAGACCUUUCAGCUGUCUCUGCCUUUUUUGCUGAGGUAGAGGAUGAUAUUUCCGGUGACAAAUCCAAGGACGUUGCUGUCGUCACACCGGAGGUCGUAGAGCAUCCAGCUCUAGUAGUUGAAAAUGUUUCUGUGAGUCCUCUAGUGGAACCUAUGCCAAACUCGUCGAAGGAUGACCAAAUCACACAGGAUGAGCCUGCUCUUCAGAUUAUAGCUUAUUUUGAGACUAUUCCCAGCAACACUGUGCUCCCCUCAAGUCCAACAUCUUGUCCGGCUUCAAGCUCCACUGCUCUGGACACUGUGUUAUCUUCAGCCUUGACUCUCCCAAUUGUGUCUACCUUACCCAUUGUUUCAAAUCAGAGCACAUCACCACAUUCUUUGGUCAUGACGGUGGAGAAGGUGGAUGGUGACAAUGCAGCCCUCGAGAAACAACUGGAAGAGCACAGGUAUCAUAAGAAUAACCUGAGCAAAGAAGAAUUGGAAGCAGUCAUUGUGGGCUUACAGAAGAAGGUUAAGAUCCUUCAGCAGCGACACCGCCGGCAGGUAGAAAAGCUGGCAGCCAUGGAGACCAUUGUAAAGCAGCUGAAGAAGGAGAAUCUCAUUUCUGAGGAGAAGCUGAAAAUGCUAGAAAUGGCUUAUCUUCAGGCCCAUGGCAUGGUGACCGAAACUGGAGAUGCUCUGGCAAUCAUCUGUGAGGAUGACAAAACAACUUACCUGUACGCUGUGCCACAAUCGGAUGAAGACGAGGAAAAUGUGAUUAACAUGAGUGAUGAACAGUUAAUCAGCCUGAGCCAAGAUCAGUCCAUCUAAAAUGAAAUUUUGUACGUGAAAUAAUGCAGGCCAUUUUCCCUAAUUGUUCCACUAAAAGCCAUGUGAUGGCCUCUGCUUUAAACGGCCUUGUUCUUCCCAUUUAGCAACUGUGGCAUUCAAGAGGCAUUAGUUGAUGCUUGAUUCAAAAUGAAAAGUAGAAAAUGAACUGGGGAAGAAUCAUGUUAAGAAAUGAGCAGGAAACAUUCCAGAAUUUGCUUAGCUGGCCUAUGUUUUUGUGUUUGUAUUCUCCGUACACACUGGUCCCCUGUGAACAGAAUACAUGCUUAUGUGUUCAGUCAUUUUAAAAAAUAUAUACAGUACACUGCAGGGUAUUUUAGCUGGGGGCUGCUGUACCUGCCAAAGAUUGUGUGUCGUAGAUUUGCACUGGAUCCUUCUCCACUUUACACUGUGGCAUUCCUUGAGAGCUCUGGGGUUGCCUUCUUGCUGUCACUGAAUGGACAGAUGGUUCAGUAAAUCCUGCAGAGCUGGAACAUAUUAAAAAAAAACAUUUGACACUAACAUAAAUGGGCUGUGAUGUCUGCUGCAGAAGUUAUUGGAGGCUGCCAUCAUCUACUGUAGGUGUGUGUUAAUGUUGUGGUUUACUAUUGGGGCGUAGCAAACAACAGCUUUGUACUGAUGGGAUUUGCUUGUCUGGCUGUGGAGGUCAAAGCCAUGGCUGAUGUUUUUUUUUUUUUUCUUGUUAGUCCAUAAGGUAUAAAAGCACUGUGCAAAACAUUUAGGCUCGG